AUGGCCCUCGGACAACCAAAAGCAGAAGCCUUCUGCCAGCAAGCACCCAUCUUCCUUGACUACUUACACAGCAUCCUGGAGAAGUACCCUGAUGGGGGGCAGAUCCUCAAGGAGCUGGUGCAGAAUGCAGAUGAUGCAGGCGCUACCGAGGUCGUAUUUGUGUCCGAUGAGCGGGAGUUUGAUGUCAUCGCUGGAGGGGGACUGGAGGGGACCCAGGGCCCGGCUCUCCUGGCCUAUAACAAUGCUCCGUUGUCCCCCCGGGACUGGACUGGGCUCAUGCGCCCAGGGGUGUCCCAUAAGCGAGGGGACCCCGGCAAAGUGGGGCGCUUCGGUCUGGGCUUCACCUCCGUCUACCACCUUACUGACCUGCCAGGAGUACUGAGCCCCCCAGCUCUGGGGGUGCUGGACCCUGAAUGCCAAGUGCUGCCAGGUGCUGGUGCUCGCUGGGACAUCUCUGCAGCCCAGGAUCUGCCUGGCCUCUUCGAACCCUUCUGGGCUGGACUGGAGACUGUGGGGCAGAGCCGUGACUCUGUCCAGGGCACUCUCUUCCGCUUCCCUCUCCGACGGCAACCCUCAGGCAUUGCUGUGAGCGUCUCCAGUCCUGGGUCCCUCCAUGGACUCUUCCAGACCUUCCUUGCUGAAGCCCCCCUCGCCCUUCUCUUCCUUCGCCAUGUCCGACAUUUAGCUCUGCAUCAUGUGUCACCUGAUGGGGCCCAUACCUUCAUGGGUACCCUAGCAGCAUCCUCCCAGCCUCUCCCUGUCCUAGGGCCAGCAGAAGCCACAGGGCUGAGCCUGACGUGGAGCCAGGUGGCCCUGUGCAGGGAUGGAGUUCGGGAUGGGCCAGAGUGGCUGGUGGCCACAGGCAGAGCCACGUCAGGGGUGGCUGUGGAGCUGGGUGGGCGGAUAGGGUGCAGUCCUGAGCUGAGCCUGGCACACCCCCUCAAUGGCCCCUGCCAAGGGCGGCUCUGCUGCUUCCUACCACUGCCAGCCACUGAGGAGAUGGCCACAGGGCUACCUGCGCAUGUCAGUGCCCCCUUUGCCCUCUCCGAUGAUCGCCGCCAUCUCCGCUGGCCUUCUGAGGAUGGGGAAAGUGAUGAAGAUGCCAGCUGGAACGCUCUGCUGCUUCUCAACCUCCUGCCACAGAUCUAUGGCCACAUGGCAGCUGUGGCUGCAGCUCUGCCUGGUGCUGACCCCUAUAGCAUCUGGCCAGAUCCCAAGUGCACUCCAGGCCAUGGCCGUAUCCACGGAGUAGUGGCCAAUGUCUGCCGGGAGCUGGCAGCUGCCUGCACCCUGGUGCCAGCCACUGAGGGGGCCCCAGGGUUGCUGAAGGCUACAGAGGCUGUUCUGCUGAUGGAGGAAAUGGAGGACACGGAUACACAGCAGGUCGUCCAGGCCUUCCUAGUGGCAGCUGGGGAGCCAGUGGCUGUCGUCCCAGCCCAUGUCCAGAGGGUGCUGGCACUGGGACUGGCCAAGGGCCUGCAGGAGGCCUCAGCAGACCGUGUGCGAGAAGUACUGAGGAGCCAUAGGGAUAUGGAGUUCCUGGCCUCAGACCGUCUGUGCCUGCUGCGCUAUGUGGCUGGGGACAGAAACUAUGCCAAGCUUCAGGACCUCCCACUCCUGCCUCGUGCUGAUGGUACCUUUGUGGCUUUUGGCAGUGCAGCGGACACUGUCUACGUGGACACAUCGGACUGCCCCAGGGUACUCCUGCCUGGCUUGUCUGGGUCCUUCCUGCCCUCUAACCUGGAGCCAGCCCUAGACAACCUCCUGCGGGACAUCGCCAAGGCAGGUCUCUUCCCUAACCUGGUUCUGCUGGACCCUGCUAUGACGGCCCGAACCCUACGGUCAGCUCUGCCCCCAACCUGGACAUCACAGUCCUCAAGCCUAGUGUCUUGGUGCCCGGCCCAAGGUCCUCCCCAGCCCCCAGCUUCGUGGCUUCCAGCCCUGUGGCUCUUCCUAGCCAACCACAUGGAAGACCUGGGCCCUGUGGAGGGGCUUCCCCUGGUCCCCCUGUCCGUACUGGGUGCUCCUACCAUCCGUCUAGCCCAACUCAUACCCCAGUCUGGCCUUAUCUUCCAGUCAUGGGAGGACCAAUGUUUGCCAUCCAAUGUGGCUCCCAUCCUGGAAGCCCUGGGUUGCUCUGUGGUGCCCCCAGGCAUAUGGCACCGCACUCUGUCCCGCUACAUCCUACCCCCAUCCCCUCUCAAUGCCCUGCGAGCCUUGGGUAAACGGGAGACUGCAGAUGUGGCCUCCCGCCUGGCCUCGCUGACCACUGUAGUUGUGGAUACCCUCCGACUCUACCUGGCAGAUGUCCCAUCCCUGGAAAAAACAGAGAGAGACUUGUUGGCCACUCUGCCUCUCUUCAUGCCACUGCCCUGCCUGGCCACCCCACAGCCCAUGGGACUGGUACCUGCCAAUGACACCCCAACACUACAGUCAGAGCUGGAGCUGCCCAGAGAUGUGAUCCUGCCAAAGGCUGUGUUGUGGUGCCGGGAUGAAGCUGACCGGCGUCUCCUGGGACGGCUCCAGCAGUCCUUUGUUAGUGCUGCCUGUGUGGCACUGGAGGGCGUCAGAGCUGUGGCUCAGGGCACAUAUGCAGGGCGGGCAGCUGAGGCGCAGGGGCUGCUGCUCUGGGUGCUGCGGCAUGGCGACACCCUUUUUGCGCAGAGCCCCACGCUCCUGCAGGCCUGCAGCAACCUGGCCUUCUUGGAGACCCCAAGAGGCCCUGUGCAACCACGAGACCUUUACGACCCCUGUGAGAGUACCUUGCAGGUGCUACUAGGUCCUGAACACUUCCCCCCUCCUUCCUUCUGCAGUCCACCUAUCCUCCAUGCCUUGAGAGUCCUAGGCUUGCGGCAUGGCAAGGGAUGUCUGGUGGCUUCAGAUAUCCUAGAGGCUGCAAAAACUGUGAGUGGGGGUGAUGGGAUGGCUCUGGACAGGGCUAAGGCACUGAUCGAAGUCUGCAAUCAUCCCAAGGCACUGGCUAACUUCAGCCCAAUGGAACUUAGGCAGCUCUGUGCUCUGCCAUGGGUACCCUGUUCAGAGUGCACUGGAAAGCCUGAGCAGCCCUUCCUGCCUCCAGAACAGCUACGGUCCACCCAAUACACGAGACUGGUGGGGCUUGCAAUGCCUCUAACAGGUGUCUUCACACCAGAGGCAGAGGAGAAGUUGGGGCUGCAUCAGUCCCCACCACCAGAGAAGGUUUGGGAGCAGCUGACAUGCCUGGCAGGGUGCAGGGAUACAGCUAAGCUUGUUCCUGCACUCCAGGCUGUCUACCAGCACAUGCAAGAAGAUCUGGAGACCUUUGGGACUGCCCGAGAAGAUGCUGUAGUGUGGACUGGGGUUGGGUUCGUCAGGCCAGGUGAUGCUGUGCUGGAAUACCCUGAGGAGCUGGAUCUGGCAUCAUUAGUAUCCCGUGUGCCCCCAGACUUUCUGCCCUACAGCUGUCUCUUCAGGGCUUGGGGGGUAAAGGCAAGGGUGAGUGAGGAUAGGGCAGUUACAGCCCUGCAUUACUUGGGACAGAACAUAGAUGCCCGCAGUUCUGGUGCUGGUACAGAAGCAGAGUUGCAGGUGGCUUUGGCGGUCCUAGAGUGGCUCAAGAACCGAGGCUACCAGGCUGACAGCACAGUGCCGGUGCCUGUGAGGGUCCCAGAAGGCUCUGGCUUUGCCCUUCGUCCAGCUGGCUCUGCUGUGUACCUGGACAUGGAGCUGGAGGCAGAGGAGGACAUGCAAGAGGUGGUGCAUGGGGCAGUACCAUCCAGCACUGCUAUAUUCUUUGGCUCAGAGUUGCUCAGCACCCGGGUGCUGGGGCCAGAGCCGUUCGUAGCAUGUGGACCUUUGGAGCCCAUUACCUUGCGGCUCCGCAACAUCCUUCGUGAGUAUAGCGAGGAGCGUGACCUCUUCACAGAGAUGGUUCAGAAUGCAGAAGAUGCUGGAGCCACAAUCUGUCGCUUCCUCCUGGACCUCCGACACUGCAGAAAGGCCAUCACCGGGCUGCUAGACCCAGGCAUGGCUGCCUGUCAUGGCCCAGCCCUCUGGGCCUACAAUAAUGCCCUUUUCACAGAGGAUGACUUCUGUAACAUCACUCGGGUCGGGGCAGCUACAAAGGAGCACCAGACAGGACGGAUUGGAUGCUUUGGGCUGGGUUUCAGCUGUGUCUACCGCAUCACAGACGUGCCAGCUGUGUUGAGUGGGACCACCCUGCUCAUCUUUGACCCUAAUGGCACCCAUCUGGGCAACCACAUCCCCAGGACUGGCAGCCCUGGCAUCCGCCUAGACUUCUCCACUCAUCCUCGCAUCCUCCAUGCCUUUGCUGAGCAGUUCCGCCCCUAUCAGGGUAUCUUUGGGUGCCAUUUACCUGAGCAAGGAGCCUUUCCAGGGACACUUUUCCGCCUGCCUUUCCGCACUGAAGAGGAAGCCAUGACAUCACAGAUAUGCUCAGAGGCCUUUAGCUCAGAGCGUAUCCAGUCCCUUGGCAAUGUUUUCAUUGGCUCUAGUCGGCUCCUGCUGCUUUUCCUGAAGAGGGUGAAGGAGAUAUCCCUGGAAAUGCUGACAGAUAUAGCCAGCUCACCUGAGGAUGUUGUGUGUCUGGCCACUCUGCAGCAAAAGAAGAUCCAAGACUCGGGGGCCCCUGGAGAUUCCUCAAGCUGGGCAGCCAUUGAGCAGAUCACAGUCCAUGAAAACACUUCCAAGACCACCCGGCAUUACCUAGUACUGGUGUGCCAGGGAGUUGGAGAAUCCCUGGAGCUCUUUCACCAGAGGACAAAGGCAGGGCUCCAGAGUAUGCCCGCUGUGGCUGGUGUGGCCCUUCCCCUUGACCUCACUGCAGACAGCAAGUGGGUGCCACGCAUGGGUGCUGAGGAAGGACAGGUUUUCUGCCACUUGCCCCUACCAGUGGCCUCAGGGCUGCCUAUCCAUGUGCAUGGGGCAUUCAGCAUCCUCUCAAACCGCAAAGGGCUGCGGAACACAGCAGAGCAUGGCAAGUGGAACCAGGCACUGCUUCGGGAUGCUGUGCCAACUGCCUGGCUUCAGGCACUGACCCACCUUCGCACCCUGCAUGAGGCAGGUGAGUUGAAGAAUUAUGAAUAUCAUAUCUUUUGGCCAGACAUCAACACUGCCCAUUAUCCCUUUACUGAGGCAGUGUCUGGUUUUUAUCAGGCUGUGGCAGCCAGGAAUGGCCCCAGGCUCUUCUCUGAUGGCUGCUCGUGGUGCUCGCUGCAGGAUGCCCGCUUCCUGCACCAAGCUGUGGCCAGGCACCCCAAGCUAGGGGCCAUAGCAGAACGUGUCUUUGCCACCACCUUGUCCCAUCCUCUGUUGGCUGUAAUGUUGCCAGAGCACGUGCAGAGGGGCCUUGGGGAAGCAGUGGCUGCUGGCACCUAUGACUGGCCACGGUUUUACUGUGAGCUUGUGCUGCCAAACUUGGAAGACCUCUCUGUGGCUGACCGGGAUCCACUGCUUCUCCACGCACUAGAUAUGCUCCAUGAUGAGGUAGACAAGGUGCUGCAGACAGUGCCUUGUAUUCCUGCCACCCCUCAUGGACACCUGCAGCUCAUUAGUCACCUAGUGCAUCCCAGAGGUCGUGCAGCCGCUUUAUACAAUGCUGAGGAUGGGCGCUUCCCCUUUGGGAAUGCAUUCCUGUCUCCAGAGAUACUGGGUCGGCUGGAGCAGCUGGGCAUGGUUCGGGACAUGUUAGCCCUGCCAGAGCUACUGGAGCAGGCAAAGACAGUGAAGCAUAUCUGGACUCAGGACCAUGCCCUAGGAUGCCAGAAGGCUGCCUGCAUCCUUGAAAUACUUCGGGAUGCAGUGGAGCAAAGGGUGAGCAACCCCAUCCAGGCUGCCUUCCAGUCUGUGCCAUUCCUGCCUGGAACACUGCCCACUGGUGAACAUGUCCUGCUUCCAGCUGCCCAGCUCUACCAUCACCACCAUGCCUCACUAGUCGGGCUUGUUCAUCCUAUCUUGGCUCCUAAAAUGCUGGGAAAGAACUUCAGCAUCACUGAAGAGAUUACAUCCUUCUUGGGGUUGGACCGGCAGCCACCAGUAGCUGCAGUCCUUGGGCAGCUGCAGGCCUUGAGCCAGACUUCCAACGCCUUCCCUGCUGCAAGCCUCCAGGACACUACCUGCUGCUGCUAUGCCUAUCUGGACUCACUGCUCAAGAGAGACCGUUCCAGUUGGGAUGAGGUGACUACUGCAGUGGCCCAAGGGGAUCCUUUCAUCUUGGUCGACUCUUACUUCGUGCCAGUCACAGCAGUGGCAGAGACUCUGACAUUUGAAGCUGUCCCUUAUCUUCACCAGCUCCCAAUGCAGUAUCGGCCCUACAGACAACUCUGGGAGUGUGUGAAGCUGCGCCACACGUUCACCUGGAAUGAUUAUGCCCAGGUGCUCCACAUCCUGGCGGAGAAGCAUGAUGGAGAGCCCCUACCUGCCCCAGACCUGGACCUGGCCUUGCGGCUAAUAACCUGUGGCUUGAUAACAGAUGACAAAGAGCCAGAUGCCUAUCAGACCCAGCAACUCUUUCUGCCUGACCAUGAGGGCAUUUUGCGUCCACGUGACAAGCUCUACUUCAAUGACACCCCAUGGCUGCCAGUGGACAAAGCUGCCAUGCUGUGCCAUGAAAAUCUGUCCCGGGCCACAGCCCUGCGCUGUGGGGUGCCAACCACACGCCACCGGGCCCUGGAGAGGAGCCAGCUGCUGGCAACACAUGUGGCUGGUGGCCUCUGGGCACAGCCUUUCGGUGCCCAAGAAGACCUGCCCACACGGCUCAAAAAUAUCUUGGCCGAGUACUCAGUAUCUGCUCGUGAUGUGGUGAUGGAGCUGCUCCAAAAUGCAGAUGAUGCUGGCGCAGGAACUGUUCACUUUGUGUGGGACCGCCGGCAGCACCCAGUAAGUUCCACCUUCAGUGAGGCCUGGAACACCCUGCAAGGCCCUGCUCUCUGCGUCUACAAUGACCGUCCCCUCCAGCAAGAAGACAUCGCAGGCAUCCAACGUCUGGGAGUGGGUGGCAAGCAGGGCCGGCAGGAUGUUACAGGCAAAUUUGGCCUUGGCUUCAACACUGUCUACCACCUUACUGAUUGCCCAGCCUUUCUUACUGGAGACAGUGCCCUGUGCAUCUUUGAUCCCCAUCUCAGCUACGUGCCUGGAGCCACAGCUGAGAGGCCCGGUGGCAUGUUUGCUGUCAACCCUGAGUUUAAGAGCGCUUUCUCAGAUGUCUAUGACACCUUCCUGCCUUCCCUUUUUGAUCUGAGCCAGGGCGUCCUUUUUCGGCUGCCCCUCCGCACCGCAUCUGGGGCUGACAUCUCUAGAGUGUCUAGCAUGGUUGUGCGGGACCAAGACCUUGUGGACAUGCAGAAAACACUGACUAAGGAAGAUGGUAACUUGCUUCUUUUCCUCCGGCACCUGCACACUGUAAUCUUCUCUGAAAUUCCCCUGGAUGGGGGGCCAUUGGUCAGGAGGCUACAGGUGGACAUAGAGCUUGAAAAGAAAGAUGCGGAGCUGAGACGGGGUUUCCAAGCCAGGCUAAGCCAAAGUGUGGAUGGGGAUGGCCCCAUCUCUGUCUCCUACAUCAUGAAGAUCAAAACCAGUCGGUCCAUUGCCAGUGCAGAGUGGAGGGUGACUGCCCAAAUUGGAGUUCAAGAGGGGUCUGAGGAGUCUCCGAUGCCUGGGAGGCUGCCAUAUGGAGCUGUGGCUGCCUGCCUAAAUCCGCAGGUCUUGAACAAUCCCACGGGCAAGGUUUUCUGCACUCUCCCACUGCCACUGACCACGGGGCUGCCUGUGCACAUCAAUGCCAACUUCUCCGUGGAUGCAGCCCGACGCAAUAUCCGCCAAGACCCAGGCAGCACUGAAGCAGCCUGGAAUGACUUCUUGCUCCGGUGCCUGGUGGUCCAAGUCUACUACAGCUUCCUUGCCAAGCAAUGGGAAGCCCUGGGACCUGAACAGCUCCAGUUCAAAUCCUUAAAGAACUGCCAGCAGUGCCUGACCCACUGCUACCUUCGGUUCUUCCCUACUGUGACAGAGAAUGUGCCACCCAUCUGGCAUAACCUGAUAAGAGGCAUCUACAGGUUCAUUACUCACCAGUGCCUGCCACUGAUGCCUGUGUGCCAUGUGAAAAAAACUGACAGCAUGGUGACAUUGGCCUGGGCAUCUCCAGGUGGCAGAGAUGUGCUGAAAGAACCAUACUUCCUUGAGAGUGAGCCUAACCCGGCUUACCGGGAUGUGCUGCAGCACUUGGGCAUGAACUUGGUGCCAGCAUUUACCCACCUGUGGCAGAUCUACCAGGAGCUCAAGGCAUCUAAUGUGGCAGCUGUGGCUUUGCAGCCAGCAUCUCUCCGGUGCUUCCUCAGGGCUCUGGCUCUCCCCUUACCCUGCCUGCUUUCUGAGACGCCCUUGAGGACACCAGAGAGCUGCUCCCUCCUGCUGCAGAGCUGCCUGGAGCCCACAAUGUCUGACCCAGAGGUCACAACAGAGUUGGAGGGCCUUCCUUUGCUGGCCAUGCAAGAUGGCUACCUACGUGCCCUCAGCACCCAUCAGCCAGUCUUAUGCAGCUCCUUUGCCGACCUCUUCCCCAAGCAAAGCCACAGAUUUGCCAACAGCCUUGUGGGUGCAAAGGCUCCAUCUGCAUUUGUGCAGAGCCUUGGACUGCCAGAAGUAAUACCAUUCAUCCAGGAGGCACUGGAACAUGAGGCUGCAAAUGGGCAGGAGUGGCUGAAGAGACUGUGGUAUUUCUUUGAUACUGUGGUCUAUCAGGCCACAAAGGCUAAUGAGGAGAUGUUGGACGCGGCCAUGCACAUGUUCAUACACAAUCUUCAAAAUGCAGUGCUGCUACCUGUGCAAAGGCAUGGAAGAGGUUCAACAUGCCUGGUGUCACUCUCCUCCCUCCCCAAUGUUCUCUAUGAUUGUAACAUGGAGGUGGCCAAAGUGCUGCAUAAGCUGGGCAUCCCUGUGCUCCGUAAAUCCCUGCUGCCCUUUGCAUUUGCCUCCCACUGCCUCCAGCCACGGACACUGCAAAUCACAAAUCCCAAGGCUGUGCUGGCCCUACUAGCCAACACAAUUGCUGAUCUCUGCUGGAAGGAUCUAAAACCAUGGGAGAUGACUGUGCUGCUGAACUUCAUUAUUGAGGAAAGGCUGGAUAGGCAGGCGCUGGAGCAUCUCCGACACCUGCCUCUAUUCCAGAAGUAUGAUGGAGGCCGUGUAGCUGUGGCAUCCUACCGCAAGGUGUUGAUUUUCAACAACCACUUCCCAUUACUGACUUCUGAUAGCAAAGCCUUGUACAGCCUUGAAAAGGACCUGCUGUUGCUCGAAAAUGACCAUCUCCACAAGCAGCUGGCCAAAUGUUUAGGAUGGGGAGAAACAGAUGUCCAGCAGCUCUUCACGACUGUGGUGCUGCCUCGGCUGCCUCAGCUCACAGCGCCACAGCUUGUGAGUGCAGUGAAUCUGUUCUUAACAGUGCAACAUGCCUAUGAGGAUGACUUCAAGGAGGCCACUGUGACAGCCUUCAAGACUGUGGCCUUCAUACCUGACUCAAAUGGCAUGCUGCAUAAGGCAUCCUACUUCUAUGACAACUUGCCCUCCCUCUGCACGCUGCAGCUGCAGCACCGCUUUGUGCCUGAGUCCUUCUUCAAGGCACUGAGGGCCAAUAUGAGAGCUGCCAGUUCCUUCCUCUUACAGGUAGGUGUCCGCAAGAGUCUCUCUGAGGAGGAUUUUCUGGUACUGGCCCAUAAGAUCGAGCAUGAAGCAACCCAGACCAAGGGUCAGACUCAUCUGCUUCAGAGACAGAAUGAGAUGGUCAACCAACUUGUUAUUCUGCUGGACAACCCAUUGCAAGAGGAUUUUUUGAAGCAAAUUGCCUCCAUUCACUUCCUAUCUCCCCUGGAAGUGCCCAAGAACUUGAGCAAGCUCCACCCUCCCUUUGCAGACUGCAGACAGCCUGUGACCCUGAAGGACAGUGUUUGUCAUGACCACCAAGAUUUGAGUGAGCUCCUGUGGACAUCAGCCACCAUCCUGCCGCCAUACUUUUCUGAGGAGAAUCUGGAAAAGCUGAAGGCUGCAGGAGUCUUUGUAGAGAUACCCACUGCCCUGGUGCAGGCCAACUUGGAACAGGUGUGCAUGGCAGCUUGCCAGACACCAGAGCAAGUCGCCACACGGGCCAGGGUUCUCCAGAAGAUGUACAACUUUUUGCAGAGCCGUCUGAAGGAAGUAGAUGUGGGAAGGCUUGCACAGCUGCCUGUGGUGCUGACCAAGAUGGGAGACAUGGCCCAACCACAGCAAGUAGUAACAUCACUCCCAGAUGAGGCUGACUUUUACCCAUAUCUCUUCAUGCCUGACCCUCUCAUAGCCUUCUAUGGAAACCUUCUGCAGCACCUUGGGGUGGUCUCACGACCUACGCUGGCUCAUUAUACUAGUGUCCUGGCCAAAAUCUACCAGGAGAGCCAUGCCAAUGGGACCCUUCAUGAAACCCAGAGGAAGACAGUCUUGCAGGCCACAUGGCACUUCUUCCAGCUGCUUCAGGAGACAAGAGAGUCCCCUGAUUUUUCUGCUGUGGCUGAGUUGUACCUGCUGACCACUGCAAACAACCUAGAGUCAUCCCACAAGCUCUUCUUCAAUGACUGUGUGUCCUCCAAAAUCUCCAGGACUUUGGAGAAGACCUUUACUUUCAUGGCUGACCUGCCCAAGACUGGAGUCAAUGGCUGGCACCUCCUGCAAAUGCUGCCCCAGCACAUGCGGCCACGAGCGCUCUCAGAGGUGCUAGAGAAACAUCUGGAGGAGAGUAGCCUGCAGCCGUGCCGCUAUAGUCCCCACUGCCCUGAGCAAAAGCGUCUGCAGUCCCUCCUGGUAUCCCCAUGGUUUCAGAGGGGCUUGGAGGCCCUGCUCCAGUGGCAGGGCCGCAAGGGGAUGAUCAGAACGGAGGGCCCCAGUAGCUUUGCAGGAGAACAGUUGGAAGUGCACUGCUGUGAGAGCAUCCGUACUGUGCUGGUCCACCGUGGUACAAAGAUAGAGGGCAGCUCCCAGCCGCAAACCGUCCACGUGAGGCACGCUGGUGCCCAACGGCUUAUCUAUUUGCAGCAUGCAGAGAUGAGGCUGGACCGGUACCAGCUGAGAGUCCUGGAAACACUGGUGCGAGAGAUUAAUGAGCUUCUGGGAGGGCAGCUAUCAACACCUUCUUUGUCUGUGCUGCGGGAGAUGUUGGUGUCUCAGGAGCCUCAGGAUGUGGCCAGUGUCCUGGAGGAAAAUGAUGUGGCCCUUGCAGGUGCUGCAGCAGAGCCAUAGGAGGUCAGGGUGCUGGAGCCAGAGGCGGGCCUGGAGAGAGCGAGGGCUACAUGA